AUGAACUCUGCGAGUGAUUCUUUGAAAAAGGUUCAGGAGCAGAUUUCAUCAAAGAUGCUAGGAGGCUACAAUGAUGUGGAGCAAAAAAAUGGCGACCAAGACGCUUCUAACGCAAAUAAUAUCCCGUUUUCUCCUGAAGACUCUAAAAAUACAUUUCCUACAGAAACAUCUGAUGUUAAGGAUGGAGGUGAUCCCGGUGUUGAUCAACUCUUAGGAGAAAUGAUGAAUGACUCGGGCGGAUUUGAAGAUUUUGAAGAAAAUUCUGGACAUGAAGGAGAAGAUGACUUCGAACCAAGUGAAAGCGAAACAGGUGAUCUUCAUUCAGAAAUUCCAGAAAAUUCGAAUUUUGAAGAUUCGGAAUUAAGCAAAGCUUCAGAACAAAACGAAACUAAUCGUGAACAAACUGAGCAAAAUCAACAAAACUUACCGACUCAGCAAGAAAAUCCAGCGCCAGAAGCAAAUCAGGAAGAACAAAAAGUCGAAUUCAAAAAUGAAUUAAAUACUGUAUUGGAAAAGAUGAUCCCUGAUCAAGUUGAUCAAAAUUCUCCUCCGCACGAAACAGCAAAUGAAAAUCCAAAUCUGCCAGAAAAUAUACAAGACCAAAACACUGAACAACAAGAGGACACACCACCCAAUACAGAGAAAGAUAUACCCCAACAACCUUCAGAGCCUGUUGAUGACAAAAAAGAAGAAAAUACUCAAGAAGAACCUAAGCAAGAGCAAGUUUCAAUAAAGGGUGCAUUAACUCAGCUUAUUAUGGGUAAUGAUGAUCGAAUCGUCAAAGAUCCUGAGAAUAAAGAACAAAACCAAAAUGAAAAUACAGAACAACCUCCAAAACAACCAGAAGGAGAAGAGGAGAUGGCACGUGAUACAGAUAUGGUACCAGAGGAAGAAGAAUUAGAUGUAGAAGAAGAAGAAAUGAACUUGGAUGAAGAAGAUGGCGAAAUUCCAGAAGAAAAAAAAGCCGAAAACCAAGAACAAAAGAAUCAAGAGAAAGAAGACCAUGAAAACGAAGAAAUGGAAAAGAGUGACGUUGAAGAAAUGGAUCAUAACAGCAUCAUCAGUUCAAAUGAAAAUUCAGAGGGUGAAGAAAAAGAACCAGAAAAUUCACCUCAACAAGAAAACGAAGAACCGAAUAAAGAAAAAGAAGAGGAAAAACCAAAAACGUCAGAAUCUCAAAAAAGGCCUGUUGUUGAGAAGAUUGAAGGUAUGACAGUUAGAGAUUCAGCGAUACAUAGUAGAUUAUCCAAUGAAAGGCAAGUAACAGCUCGAGAUUUACCGUUAUUACAAACAAAUCCUGAUAUUGAAGGAAAAUGUCGUCAGUUCCUUCAACAAUUUCGAAAACAUAAGAAAUUCCCUGAUAAAGUUGACUCAGAUUUCAGAAUUCAAUUUAGUCAAUUCUUAAAUCGUGAAAAAGUGAACUGUGUAGCACAAGAAAAGUAUCAAGAAGCCCAUGAAUUGCAAGAAAUAGCUAUAUUGUUCUCUAACAUGACGAAGAAUUUCAUGGGAAACGAAAGAAUUGACGAAAAAAUUGGCCAAUUAGAGGAUAGAAUUGUAGAAUUAGAUAAGCAGAUACAACAGAUUAAGGUUGAAUGUGAUAAAAACCUGAAAAAGUCACAUAAAGAACAUGAUGAAUUUUCUAAAACGCUCAAAACUCAUCAAUCAAAGGAUUUGGAGCAAUUCAACAUGAGAUGGAAUGACAUGGACCAUCUCAAACAGUUCACAAAGCCUUCUCCUGUUCUUUUAAACAUGACAUACAAAGAAAAUGCAACAGUGAGUGGCAAAAUGUUCGAUAGAGCAGAAGAAUUCAAGCGAAUGGUAUCACAGCAGGAGAAAGAAGAGUCUGCUUACGCUCAAGAAAGAGCAAUGACCGCAAUGCGCUUGGAUAGAAAGAAAAUGGAUGAAAAGCAUAUAAGAGAAAGGAAAGCGGCUGAGACACAAAGGCUGCUCAGUGAACAAUCAAUCACAAAUGACUACCUUCGAGAGCUUAAAACUCUAAAUCAGAGAAAAGAUAGAUUAAUUAGAGAAAUUGAUGGAUUGAAAACUCUCAAACUAAAGGGUAUUCUCCCUCCUUUGAAGCCCAAAUCAUCAAAGAGAUUGCGGAAGCGUGGAGAAGAAGAACCAAUGACAAUUACUCCAAGAACUGUUUCUAGAUUUACUCUUUGUAAGACAACGGUUCACCAGCCUCAUGUUUCUAUAAAACCGCUAGGAAAUGUUGGCUCAAAAACCUCGCUUUCAACCACAGUAUAA